GUGCCAGAUUUGGGAAGACACACGCGGGAGGAAGUGACGCAGCCACUUCCUUCCCCACUCGGAACAUGUGAGGCAGGUGCCGGUAUAUAAAGAGCCUGCCUGGUCAACACUGACAGCAACUGCGAGUCGCGAGCUUCAAAGGCGUCAUACAACUUUUCGACGUGCCCGGUACGGAAUAAAGCAGGACGACCAGCAGCCGCUGUUUUGACGACAGUAAGUGCAAGCACAGAAAAGGAGCCAUGAAGUUCGCCGUCGCAUUCGUUGUCAUUGUUGCCGCUGCAGUCACUGCCAGGACCAGGAGCAAGCGGGAGGCCUACGACCUUCCGGACGGUGCCGAGCUCAUUGUAGGCAGCAUCAAGACGACCUUCGAGUGUCCGGCCAAAAACGGCUACUUCGCCGACGUGGACAACGAGUGCCUCAUCUUUCACGUCUGUAACGUUGUCACGUACCCUGACGGGAAAACAGAAGUCCAGCAGUUCAGCUUCUUCUGCGGAAACCAGACUAUGUUCAACCAGCUGAGCCUGACGUGCGCAUUCCCGGAGGACGCUGUGCCAUGCCAGAACGCACCCGACUUCUUCUAUGUGAACGAUAACAUCGGCAUUCCGGACGCUCCAUUCCUGACGGAUGCGGACGUCGAGAAGGCAUCCGCGCUCAUCGCUGGCGCCAGGAAGAGCAAGGCCUAAGCACAUCCAAAACAUUCAGCUGACGACAAGACUGGACGCCGCACAUUUACCCUCGGUGCCGCUUUAUCACCGCCACUGAACGUUUAGAACGAACUGGCCAAUAUGAUAUGGUGGCGUCUGCUGGGCCCAGUUGUGCGACACCCUAUCCGGAACUGUGGCUUUACGCGGGGUGAUAAUUAGUCCGCCAUCACAACCUUCACGUGAUGCAGCAGUUAAGAGACGGCGUAAUUGUUUGUAUAGACACGGACUGCCGUUACUCGGCCGUCCAGAUUAAGCCAAGGGCAUUUCAGCCGUUAUACAGUCAGUAGCGCAGAAAGAAAAGACAUAGCAAAUUAAACGUUCUCAAGCUAUACGCGCAAGCAUUGUGUGACGCAUCAGGCGUAGUUAGUUAACUGCAAAAGAAGCCACAAAACGUCGAAAACGGAAAACGCAGAGCGGCAGAAAACAGACAGAGCGCAGAGACGUGGCGUAGUGUUUAUGCGAAAGGCGUUGCGCUUAACUCACUCCUGAAUUGUGUCAAGCAGUGCCAACGACAUCUUUCCGCCUGCUGACGUUACGAGUGGACCUACUGUUUUUAUUCCGGUAGAUGUGUUGGUGUUUCGGGGGCAUCUGUUAACACCGCGAACAUAUUCAGAUAAAUGUGGCCUGAAGCCCCCUUUGUCAGGACGUGUCACAAUGUUCUGCAGAAGGCCUGCACUCAAAGGCGUACUUGUGACGAGCUGGAACUAGGAAAAAAAGAAACGUAAUAUAUUCAGACACAUCUGAAUUAAGUGCAUUACAAGUCGUUUUCGCAAGCGAUCACGGAAGGUUUAUGUGUAUAUCAGCAUGAACACAAGAGACGUGACCCGCCUUCAUGCAGGCUGUAGAGUUGAUCGUGGCAAGGGGCCGAUAAGCCAACAACGAACCAAUUGAAGGAAGUGGACCAAGCAGCAGAUCUUUCGAAACGGGACCUUUGUGAAUGUCGCCGUUGUCUCCUUUUGUCUUUAUUGCCAUUCCGUAGUUGUCUGUUGGUGCUAUUGUUUGCUUUAUUAUUAGUGAAAAGUGUUCAAUAACAAUAGCAAAGAAACGUUUGCUAACUAAAGCUGCCAAACGCUUGUGACUUAUAUUACUACUAUCAUUUUUCGCACAUCAUUGUGAGAUGUUCUACGCAUAAGCACAAUUUUCCCAUUGUCAGACGUCGCGGUCAUGAAUGAAAGUUGAAACGCUGCCAUUUUGUUUGUUUGCUUGUUACCGGCAUCAGAGGGAAUGCGCAUAUCGGAUCUCGUUGACUGCGCAAUAUAAAAGCGUACGUAGCUUGUUAAUCGUCAAUAAAGCAUGAUGAUGUAAAA